AUGGAAAUAAGUUAUCUAGUAGUGUUUUUCAUUCUGCUUCUUCCAAUCUCAUGCACAGCUUCUACCUUGGUAGAAAAGAAAUUCAAAGAAUGCUUGAUAACCCAACUUCAUGAAAAAUCUGAAUCCGUUGAGAAAAUAAUCUUCACCAAAUCAUCCUCCCAAUAUCCCCAAGUCUUGGAAGCAUUGGAACAAAAUCCUAGAUGGGUGAACUCCUCAAGGGAGCCUCUUCUCAUUCUAACACCUUUCCAUGAAUCAGAAAUUCAAGCAGCCAUCAGAUGCAGCACAGAACUUGGGUUGCAGCUCAGAGUCAGAAGUGGUGGCCAUGAUUAUGAAGGGCUAUCAUUCCUUAGUAAGGUCCCAUUUGUCAUGGUUGACCUCAUCAACAUCCGUUCCAUUGAAGUUAACCUUGCUGAUGAAACAGCUUGGGUUCAGGCUGGGGCAUCAUUAGGUGAACUUUACUACAAAAUUUCAAAAGCAAGUAAUCUGUAUGGAUUCCCUGCAGGAACCUGUCCAAGUAUAGGGAUAGGUGGGCAUAUCAGCGGAGGGGGGCAGGGUAUCACGUUGAGGAAGCAUGGCCUGGCAGCAGACCAUGUUGUUGAUGCUUACAUCAUAGAUGCAGAUGGGAAGAUCCAUGAUAGAAAAUCAAUGGGAGAAGAUGUUUUCUGGGCCAUUAGAGGAGGUAGCGCCACUAGUUUUGGAGUCAUCCUUGCAUGGAAGAUCAGGUUGGUCAGAGUUCCACCUAUUGUUACAGGGUUCAACGUCCACAGAACAGUGGAGGAAGGAGCCAAAAAUCUCAUUCACAGGUGGCAAUACAUUGCACAUGAAGUGCAUGAGGAUCUUGUCAUUAGAGUAUUUGCUCAAAAUAGUGGUGACAAGUCAAAAACAUUCAGAACAACCUUCAACUCUAUCUUCCUUGGAGGAAUAGACAGGUUGAUCCCAUUGAUGAAUAAGAGUUUCCCAGAAUUGGGUUUGCAGGCAAGAGACUGCACUGAAAUGAACUGGAUUCAAUCAGUGAUGUUCAUUGCUGGAUUCAACAUAGACGGCCCUCUAGAACUCUUGCUCAACAGAACUACAUCAUUCAAAAGCUCUUUCAAGGCCAAGUCUGACUUCGUAAAGGAGCCAAUACCAAAAUCUGGUCUAGAAGGAGCUUGGAAAAUGCUUCUAGAGGAAGAAACACCAGCUGGGCUGAUAUUCGAACCCUAUGGUGGUAGAAUGAAUGAAAUUUCAGAAUCUGAAACCCCUUUUCCCCACAGAAAAGGUAACUUGUACAACAUACAAUACUUGAUCAAUUGGGAAGGGAAUAGCAAGGAAGCAUCCAAGAGGUAUCUACACUGGGCUAAAAUGAUUUACAAAUACAUGACUCCGUAUGUCUCAAAAUCUCCACGAGCUGCCUAUUUCAACUAUAAGGAUCUCGAUUUAGGCAAAAACAAGCAUGACAACACAAGCUACUCAAAAGCUAGUAUUUGGGGCGAGAAGUACUUUAAGGGAAACUUUAGAAGAUUGGCACAAAUUAAGACGAAGUUUGACCCCCAGAAUUUUUUCAGGAAUGAACAAAGUAUUCCUCUCCUAAAUUCCCAUCCUUCUUAA